GUCCAGAGGAGGUUUUUUUAGCCUCCUGCUCCGCGACCGCAUUGCUGCAAAGUUUUACUGAAGCUAUUUGAAUGCUAGCGGCGGAGUUGUUUUGAUUUCGACCGAAUAAGUUUGUGUUGCACUUUAGUUCGGUCUUGGUGGCGACAUAAACCCGCUGUGUGUGUGUGUGUGUGUGUGUGUGUGUCUCAGCUGUCCUGUAGUCUGUUUUUCUUUUCUGUCGCUGCUCGAUGGGGAGGAGGGCAGCACGAGUGUAGCCCGCAUGCUCCUUUUGUUAUUUACAUUUUCACGUUAAGACUAGUAGUUUUAUUUACUUCACGGUUGGUGAUAAACUUUUUUUUUUGUUCGUGUUUAUCGCUCAAACUUCUCUGAAGGAUAUAUUUUUUUCUUCUUCUUGGCUGGAACGUUACCGAAACCCACGUUGUCGCCAUAGCAACAUGCCCAUUCGGCGUUUCGGGGGUCACAGGUCACUGGUAUCGCACUCUCACAUCCCGAAGCUGUCGUAUGGUUACACCAGGAUGAAUAUCUCAAGAACUGGGUACCGAGUGUUUUCUGCCAACUCCACCACCGCAUGCACCGAGCUGGCCAAGAAGAUAACGGAACGCCUCGGAGUGGAGUUGGGCAAGUCAGUGGUUUACCAAGAGUCAAAUAAAGAGACAAGAGUGGAUGUGAAAGAGUCCGUCCGUGGGCAAGACAUCUUUAUCAUUCAGACCAUCCCCAGAGAUGUCAACACGGCCAUCAUGGAGCUGCUGGUCAUGGCGUACGCCCUGAAGACGUCCUGUGCCAAGAACAUCAUCGGGGUCAUUCCCUACUUCCCUUACAGCAAGCAGUGCAAGAUGAGGAAGAGAGGAUCCAUCGUCUGCAAGCUGCUCGCCUCCAUGUUAGCUAAAGCUGGUCUCACUCACAUCAUCACCAUGGACCUGCACCAAAAAGAAAUCCAGGGAUUCUUCAACUUCCCCGUUGACAACCUGAGGGCUUCCCCCUUUCUCAUCCAGUACAUCCAGGAGGAGAUCCCAGACUACAGGAAUGCUAUAAUUGUUGCAAAGUCUCCUUCAGCUGCCAAGAGAGCUCAGUCCUACGCUGAGAGGCUUCGACUCGGGCUGGCGGUGAUGCACGGCGAGGCCAACCACUCAGAGUCAGACAUGGCCGAUGGGCGACAGUCUCCCCCCUUGUCCCGCACCACCACAGGACACACCGGCCUGGAGCUGCCACGCGGCAGACAUCAUGUCCCAUUCCCUGGGAUAGAGCUCCCAAUAAUGAUGGCAAAGGAGAAGCCGCCCAUCACUGUCGUUGGAGACGUCGGAGGCCGAAUCGCCAUCAUUAUUGACGACAUCAUCGACGACGUGGACGACUUUGUAGCAGCUGCAGAGAUCCUGAAGGAGAGGGGAGCCUACAAAAUCUACAUCAUGGCUACACACGGUCUGCUGUCGGCCGACGCCCCCAGACUCAUAGAGGAGUCUGCUAUCGAUGAGGUGGUCGUGACCAACACUGUUCCUCACGAGUUGCAGAAGCUGCAGUGUCCAAAAAUCAAAACCGUGGACGUCAGUAUGAUCCUGGCUGAGGCCAUCCGACGCAUCCACAACGGAGAGUCCAUGGCCUAUCUGUUCCGCAACAUCGCUGUGGAUGACUGAGGCAUCACACACACUUCAACACUUAACAUUCCUGCUGACAUUAGUGAGCACACACACACACACACACACACACACUCUGAUGACCAAGACCUCAGGUUGACUCCAGCCUGUGCUUUAUUUCCUCCUGUUUGUUCUGCUGUUACACACAGAGGCUGCUCUAGCCGUAUGUUACAAAUGAAAAAGCUUCAUUUUCUCUGUUACUUAAUGGGACUGCACCGACUCUACAAACUGUUACACUUCACUGACUCUGUCACCAUUUGAAAAACAUAAAUACCACAAACAUAAUGUAUCAAGCAGCCCUUUGAGUAUGCUGCAGAAUCCAGUAAAUAAAUCAGUUCUUCUGGAG